AUGAGCAGCAGUCGAGCGGAUUCAGGGCUUCCAGCCCAACCGAAUCUUCGUGUUACAAUCAUCGCUGCCGAUGGCUUAUACAAGCGAGAUGUAUUCCGGUUUCCUGAUCCGUUUGCCGUCGUCACUAUCAAUGGCGAGCAAACCAAGACAACACAGGUGUCCAAAAGGACUCUUCACCCGUACUGGAAUGAAGCCUUUGACUUCAAGGUAAACGAGGACAGCAUUCUUGCAGUCCAGGUGUUUGAUCAGAAAAAAUUCAAAAAGAAGGACCAGGGCUUCCUCGGAGUCAUAAAUAUUCGGAUAGGGGACGUCAUCGAGUUAGUCCCAGAGGCUGAUGACCAGAUGCUCACUCGGGAUCUCAAGAAAUCUACUGAUAAUCUUGUGGUACACGGGAAGCUCAUUCUUAAUCUGUCGACGAACCUGACAGCUCCAGUUCGCAAUCAACCCCCUCCCUCAGCUUCGUCCUCCACCCGACCGUCCCUCCUCAGCCCGACGCCGUCUAUCGUCCCCAAUGGCGACCGCAUGUCCGAGAGACCGUCCUCGGCCGUGUCCGGGCCCAAUGGCACGCCCACCCUAGGCACACAAAUGACUCUACCCCACCGCCCGGCAAGCUUAGCAUCGUCGCCGUCAGUCACGACCAACGGGUCGGCGCAGCCGCAGCCACGACAAGCCAGCAGUCCGCUGAGCCCGUUCGAGGACGCACAGGGCAGGUUGCCAGCCGGGUGGGAGCGUCGUGAAGAUAAUCUAGGGAGGACAUAUUAUGUCGACCACAACACUAGGACUACCAGCUGGAACAGGCCAACAGGCACAGGGGCCGCCGAAAACCGCACGGCCGAGGCGAACACCCAAGUCGAGCGGCAGAGGCACCAGAACCGAACGCUUCCCGAAGACCGGACCGGUGCGAACUCACCGACGUUGCAGGCCCAGCAGGCCGCGACCCAAGCUGCCGCUGCCAGCACCAUGAUGCACACCGGGACGACGACGGCUGGGUCAGGCGAGCUCCCUCCAGGAUGGGAGCAGCGAUGGACUCCUGAAGGCCGGGCUUACUUUGUUGAUCACAACACACGGACAACCACCUGGGUCGACCCUCGGCGCCAGCAGUAUAUCCGGAUGUACGGCGGGCAGAAUAACGCUGGCGGUACCAUUCAGCAGCAGCCCGUCUCGCAGCUUGGGCCCCUGCCUAGCGGGUGGGAAAUGAGGCUGACCAACACGGCGCGAGUCUACUUUGUCGACCACAACACCAAGACGACGACGUGGGACGAUCCCCGACUUCCGUCAUCGCUCGACCAAAAUGUUCCCCAGUACAAGCGCGACUUCAGGAGAAAACUCAUUUACUUCCGGUCGCAGCCGGCCAUGCGCAUUCUCUCUGGGCAAUGCCACAUCAAGGUCAGAAGAUCCCACAUUUUUGAGGACUCUUUUGCAGAAAUCAUGCGCCAGUCGGCGACAGAUCUCAAGAAGCGGUUGAUGAUCAAGUUCGACGGCGAAGACGGUUUGGACUACGGCGGCCUUUCUCGAGAAUUCUUCUUCCUCUUGUCGCAUGAAAUGUUCAAUCCCUUCUACUGCUUGUUUGAGUAUUCAGCGCACGACAACUACACGUUGCAGAUCAACCCGCACUCAGGCAUCAACCCAGAACAUCUUAAUUACUUCAAGUUCAUUGGGCGCGUGGUUGGCCUAGCCAUCUUCCACCGGCGCUUCCUUGACGCUUUUUUCAUCGGGGCCCUGUACAAGAUGAUUCUGGGCAAGUCGGUAGUGCUAGCAGACAUGGAAGGUGUAGAUGCCGACUUUCACCGGUCACUGCAGUGGAUGCUGGAUAAUGACAUUUCUGGCGGCAUUCUGGAGCAAACGUUCUCGACCGAGGACGAGCGGUUCGGCGUGAUUACAGUGGAGGACCUCAAGCCGAACGGGCGCAACAUUGAGGUGACAAACGAGAACAAGAGGGAAUAUGUGGAUCUGAUGGUCAAGUGGAGGAUCGAGAAGCGCAUUGCCGAGCAGUUCCAGGCGUUCAAGGAAGGGUUCCAUGAGCUGAUCCCGCAGGAUCUGAUUAAUGUGUUUGACGAGCGUGAGCUGGAGCUGCUAAUUGGGGGCAUCGCCGAGAUCGAUGUGGACGACUGGAAGAAGCACACCGACUAUCGCGGCUAUACCGAGUCGGACGAGGUGAUUCAGUUCUUCUGGCAGACGGUGCGGUCUUGGGACGGCGAGCAAAAGUCACGGCUGUUGCAGUUCACGACGGGGACAUCGCGGAUUCCGGUCAACGGGUUCAAGGAUCUCCAGGGCAGCGACGGGCCGAGAAGGUUCACGAUCGAGAAGGCCGGCGAGAUUACGAACUUGCCCAAGGCGCAUACAUGUUUCAACCGCCUGGAGCUGCCUCCAUACAAGACACUGGAGAUGUUGCAGCAGAAGUUGACGAUUGCUGUGGAGGAGACGAUGGGUUUCGGUCAGGAGUAG